ACGGCGACGUUCUCGACGACGCUCGGCGACUUCGAGGCCGAGCUCUUCAUGGACCGCGUGCCGCGCACGGUGUCGAACUUCGUCGACCUGGCGACGUCGGGCUUCUACGAGGGCAUCCACUUCCAUCGCGUCAUCGACGACUUCAUGGUCCAGUUCGGCUGCCCCCACGCGCGGGACCCGAAGUCGAAGAAGGCGGGCUCCGGCGGCCCGCCCGACGGCGCGUUCCACAACUACGCGCGCAACGCGACGGACGCGCGCUUCAACGGCGGCAACAUCCGCGACGAGUUCACGUCGCGGGACACGAACGCCGCGGGGACGCUGUCCAUGGCCAACAGCGGCGCGCGGCACAGCGGCGGCUCGCAGUUCUUCGUCAACGUCGAGGACAACGGCGAGCUCGACUGGUUCGGCGGCGGCCCGGCGUCCCACCCCGUUUUCGGGCGUGUGACGUCGGGCUACGACGUCGUGCUGAAGAUCGCGCGCGCGAAGACGGACCGCGACGACCGGCCGGUGGAG